GUUACUUGCGUGCUUCCUCGCAAGGCAUUCGACAAACAGACAGUCUUACAGUAAAUUCAAGUGAAAAUAAUACCUAUAGAUUUGCUUUUAAAUACGAAAGAAAUACAAUCAGGUGUUGUGUAACAUUAUUAAUAAUUAAGGUCUGAUUGAUUGUGUUAUGUUUUACUAUUGUUUGUUUUGAAAAGUUUAAUUCAAGAGUGUAAGUGAUUAUAAUGUAGAUUAGAAGUAAUUAAAUGAAAGUGUUAGUGUUUAAGGAGUAAUUAGUGAAAGUGUUACUUAUACUAGAAAUAUAUAAGAAAAAUAGAAAAUGUCUGUAAGCCCUGAAACUCAAUCUACCACAGGUGUGGUCGAACUUCGAGAGGACGUCCCUCUAAAGCCCUACAAUGCCUCUCCAGGUUUCUGUUCUGGAGGCCCUAGGCUUAUAAUCGGGGCCUUUUCCGCCCUAACAAUAGCAAUCACGAUAGCCCUAUUCACGCAAAUCUACUAUGGAGACUACCAAAUAGUUCCUCACGGCUCCGUAUCAUCGUCCGCUGCGGAAUGUUCCAGCAUCGGCACCAAUAUAUUGAGAGACGGUGGUGGCGCUAUAGAUGCAGCCAUCGCGAGUUCGUUGUGCCUGGCCGUGGUCGCGCCGCAUCGGACUUCACUUGAUGCAAGUGGAUCUCUGUUAUUUUGGGAAUACAGAAAAUCUCCCACAGAACAGCCUACACUGAUAGAAUGGGGAGGAAUACAGAAUGCGUCAUCUCCCUCCAUAUCCCCAGCACCAAGACUGAUAGUGGCUUUGGCGGCGCUACACAAAACCUAUGGCGUGAUACCAUGGUCAAAAUUAUUGCAGCCUGCGAUUGAUUUAGCCAGUACUGGAUACAAUAUAUCUACGGGUCUCUCGAUCGCAGCAGCAUCACAAGUAGAGCCGGGCUACAUCACAGGGUCGACCCGGAAAGAACCGCUAUUGGCCAGUUACUUACAAUUACUGCAACAUAACACUAGUACAGAACUAUGCACCACUUGGCCCUGCGAGGCCCUAGCUCCCAUCACCAGUGCUGCAGUCCCUGCAGGGCCCUGGCGGGUAUGGACAGGGACCGCGGGUGCUAGGGCUGCUACCGCACUAGCCGCGGCCCUAGUUCCUGCUCCGCUGACAGCCCUGGAUGGGUUCCAACGGGUGGUAUCAAGCUUACAAGCGCAAGCGAUUACAGCAGCGGGGAAUUGGCCGAGCGGUGUAGCGUCUGGCCUUGCUGUUGUUGAUCCACAAGAUACUUAUGUUGCUCUAGUAACCGGUCUAUCAGUACCUUUCGGGUCUGGUAACAUAACAGGCGACGGCUGGAAACAAGACUUACCUUCCUCUCCAUUAGACUUGGCUCCCGCUAUUCUAAUCGACGAGUUCGUCUGCGGUACGCGUUAUGUAAUGGGCGCAGAGUCACUUUCAGCGCUUGCAGAGGGCGCUGCUGCAGCGCUUAUAGAAGGUCCUUUGAAUAUAGUAGACGCGGUAGAAAGCGCUAGAGUCGCUGUAGGCGCGGGUGGGACGCUAGCGCUUGAACCGGACAGAUUGUUACCUCCAGCGGCUUUAGCGACGCUGCUCAAUGGAGUACCGCUAAACGCUACGCUUCCGCUUGCAGCGCUUAAUUUGGUGCAACAGCGAGGAGACGAACUUUUGUCGCACGCGGACAGUCGUGGUGGUGGACUUGCGUCGAGAUUUUAGUGAAUAAAUUAUUGUUGAUUUA